AUGGCACAGCGCCCGCAGUCCCUAACGGCGGAACUCGAGAAGAUUGAGCAGAAGAUUACGUUGACGCUUCAAGAAAUCGACCACAAUUUCGCCCGUGCCCACCGAAUCGUUACUUCCUCGAUCCUGCCGAUUGUCGAGCGCUACGGCCAGGAGUCGGAGGCGGUGUGGGAGGGGUCCAAGUUUUGGAAGCAGUUCUUUGAGGCCAGUGCGAACGUUGCCAUCUCGAAUUACCAGGAGGAUGUAACGUACGACGACGAAGAGGAGACCGAUGUCCAGCAGGAGGAGACAACGUACGCGGAGGAUGCAACGUCCAUGGCCGCGUCUUCGCCGGGACACUACAGUGGUACCCAUAGAGUCCAUGCGCACGGGGAUUAUACGCGGGAUGAGGAUGCUACACAACAGACGAUGGGCGGUGAGGAGGGGCCGGAGGAGGACGAAGGGGAGACCGAGUUGGAUCUGGACGAUUCCAUGCUGGAUUCGCUGAACCUCACGUCUGCGCAGCUGCCCAUGCAGAGCACGCCCAAAUCCGGCCGUAGCACGGGGAGCCAGGGCUGGGCCGAUAUCGAGUCGCCAUUCGAAACACUGGCGAAGGAGCUGACCAUGAAAUACGGGAGUCCGGAGCGGGCGCCACGGCAGCAGCUGAACCGCUUCCGGCAACCCACCUCAGCCGCCGCACUGGAAGCCGACUCCUCGACGCUCCCGCCGCCGCCCACAACACCACGCACCACCCGCCGCUACGCCGGCUCCCCCGACUCCUCGCCCUUCCGCCCCCCCGCGCGCACCCCCGGCGUCGACCAGGACGCAAUCAUGCACCGAGUCCUCGACAAGAACUGGCGGCUGCAAGCGACACCACUCAAGCCCGCGCCGUCACGGUACCGUCCCGCGGCCGCCGCGACGCCCAAACCCAAGUUUGGCCGCGAAUUUGACAGCUCGCCGAUCUCGUCGCCGCCCGCGCCCCAACUCCGCACGCAAAUCUUCACUCCGCGCGCACUCCGCACUCCCGGCGCAGCGCGCUUCGAGGCCGCCGCUGCCCUCGCCGGCCAACAGUCCGUCAAGGGAAUGGGAAAGGCCUCCGCCAUCGGGAAGUACGACUACAUGUACGACGACGAUAGCGACGACGAUAUCCUCCUGCCGGCGGGCCUGAGUCCGCCAAAGACUAUGCGGUUUGACCUGCCGCCGUCGAAGCUGAUUGCUACGCCGGCGAAGGCCGCGAGUAGACGCAUCGUGAGGGAUAUUUUGCAGACGGCCGGCGAGGGUGAUGACACCAUGACCACUGAUGCGAGUAGUCCGCCCAGGGGCGGCCGGGGCCGGAUGAUGGACGACGACGACGAUCCGUUUUAG